AUGACUGCAUUGACGAGCGGUUCAGCUCUCGAUUUGAACAGUCUUUUCGAGAUGUUGUAUGCGAAUGUGCGAAUGGCUUCUACUGAGGACGGGCAGCGCAUGGGUCCCCCACCCGUGGUUUCUUCCGAUACUGUCGCAGCUGUUCAUCUUUUCCAACAGGUGCAUGUUGGAUUCAAAAACCAUUGGGGAUUACAUUUUUUGUUUGCUUAUUUUGCUACAAUUAAGAAAGUUUGGCCUACGUCAUACUGAGA